AGAGGGAAUCCCGUGACGUCACCUGCCUAAUCUACAUCGCUAUCGUCAGGAGAGGGAGGGUCUCCCCAGCCCAUGGUGUGUGUCUACUGGGGGAUAUUUAAAGGAAUGGGGAGGGACAGAGCAGAUGGAACCGAGCAUCUGCCACACAGAGGACCCGGGCACAAGACAGGGACAGCAGACAGGUGUCAGAGCCAGGAGAAAUACAGAUAUUGACAUGACGUUAAACAAAAUAGAGAAACUGGGGGGUCUGCGCCAACACAGAGGAAGUCUUCCUCUUCCAGCUGACUCCCGUCGCCGGGGUAGUAUGCCCUUGCCUUACAAACAUCAGCUGAGGCGUGCCCAAGCUGUAGAUGAGCUUGACUGGCCAAGUGUCCAUUCUGGGUCUUCUGACUCUGUGAGGUCUUCAGACAGUGGUCCAGAUAGUGGUCUCUACAAAGUGAUGUUGCUUGGUGACAGUGGAGUUGGAAAGACAACCCUUGCUGGCAUAUUUGGAGGCACACAGGACACUUUCCCCCAUGAGUCUGAACAUCCAGAGGAUACGUACGAGAGAGAUCUAAUAGUGGAUGGAGAGAAAACAACACUAAUGGUAUAUGAUAUCUGGGAACAGUCAGGACCACAUACCUGGAUGCAAGACAACUGUCUACAAAUGGGUGAUGCCUUUCUUCUAGUCUUCUCAGUGACGGAUCGUAGUAGUUUUCAACGUCUACCAGGUCUUCUUCUAAGGUUACGCUCUGCCCGACCACAUCGACACAUUCCAGUGAUUCUUGUUGGCAACAAAGGAGAUCUAGCACGUUCCAGAGAGGUCAGCAUGGAAGAGGGACGCUCCCUGGCAGGCAUGUUAAGCUGUAAGUACACAGAGACAUCUGCUGCCCUUCACCAUAAUACUCAGGAGCUGCUUGAAGGGGUUGUCAGACAGAUUCGCUUACGGAAGGAUGAUGGAGAACGUCCUCCUCAGACAGCCACGCUCUUGCCACCAGGACGUAGAGAGAGUUUGACCAAAAGAGCAAAGCGACUCUUGCAAGGGAUUAUGUCAAAACAUAAAGGAUUCUUCAAGCAAAGAUCAAAAUCGUGUCAUGACCUAUCUGUUCUGUGAUUAGAAAACUAUCCUGUCCAUGUGCCAUAAGAAAGUCCUGGGGCUGACUUGAGGACGUGGCCAGUCUAACAGUCGUCACCAUCUUACAUGGGGAAUAUCAAGAGCAUGUGUGCUCCAAGGAAUAUCCACAUCAUCAAGCAAACCUGGACUUGUGAUCAAGCGGGAACAGUAUAAUAUAUCACUAUACUUACGCUCACCGCUUACUGAAGCAUUCAUGAAUUAUUCAUUCCAUUUUCUUAAGGUUGUGAUUGAUUGCUUAAUGAGUAAUAACAGAAUAAUGUUGUUUUCUCCCUUUUUAAUUGUUCCUAAAUGCCAUCCUCCCCCUUGUAUUCAGCAGGGAUAAUCCAGUGCAAACAAUGCAAGGAUUAGAAAUUACCUUUCUCCUGCAAACAUGGGCUUAUAGGACUGUAAAUGAUUAUAUGAUUGAAAUCUGCCAUAAACAAUCCGCGUCCGACAGCAUUAGUGAAUGAUCUACCUUCAGGCCGUGUGUACACAAGGCAUUUUGCUAUUGUUUUUUCUCUUGCUAGAUCUUACAUGUAUAUGAAUGAAAAUGUAUGAAAUUCUAUUCACAAGAGGUAAUAGUAGCUUAUUUUUUAAAGCCAAAGCACAUCCUAGAAUGGGCAGUCCUAGACAUUAUUCACACCACUUUAUACAGUGACCCCCCGACCUACGAUGGCCCCGACAUAUGAUCAAAUCGACAUACGAUGGCCUCUCAGAGGCCAUCGCAUGUCGAUGUCAGCAUCUACAUACGAUGCUUUUUUAUGUCAGGGCCAUCGCAUUUAGUGCUAUCCGGCAGCGCAAAAUGCUUAAGCUGCUGCCGGAUAGCAGCUUAAUGUUCCCCGUGUGGUGCGGUAAGUAUUACUUACCCCUCCACGAUGCUCCGGGGUGCCCUCCGGGUCCAGCGCUGGUCUUCCGGUGUCUUCUCGGCCCUCUCUGAUGACGUCAAUACGCUGCUGCGCACGUCAUCCAAUAGGAAUGGCGUAUGCAGCGGCGUAAUGAUGUCGCUACGCAGGCCCAGUAAGGCCUUGCGGAGGACCGGAGAAGAGAGGACCAAGAGAGCCCAGCGGAGGCCCGGGGUCACCAUCGGGAGCGUCGGGGUCACCAUAGGGAGCGGCGGGGACAGGUGAGUACAGCUUCCUAUACUUUACAUUGCACAAAUCCCUCAACAUACGAUGGAUUCGACAAACGAUGGGCUCGUUUGGAACGAAUUACCAUCGUAUGUUGAGGGACCACUGUAACAGGAAAGCUUCCAUAAGCCAGGUAUACAACAGUAUACCACAAGAAAAUAAAGUAUGCAAUAGCAUUAUAGACCACACUAUUCCAUACAUGGGAUCCCGUAAAAAAAAAAAAAUGUUAUCUGUUAAGUGGAUGCCACUAUAUGCCAUUUGUCACAGGCAACCACUUAACAUAUACGUGACAAAUUUUUCAUGAUCUAUCCAUUAAAUGGAUGCCAUGACUGCACUUUAUGGUAUCUAGCAAAGAGUCUGUGUAGCAGAUUCAUCUGGAGCUCUUUCCAUAUGCUAAAGUAAAGCUGGGUUCACACCACGAUUUUGCAAUACGGUUCCUGUAUCAGGUUUUUGAUUUAAAAAAACGGAUUCCUCAAAACCUGACUACACUGUAUCAAAACACAUGUGCAAAUUUUUGUCUGUAUACGGUUGAAAACCGUAUACGGUUUGAAAAAUGAUGACCGGUUGCAUCCGUUUUUUAAGAAAAAAAAUACGUAUAUGUUUUGAACUUUUCACUCCAUUAUGAAUAAAGUUUCACUUGUUUGAUUGAAAUUCCAAGAAAAAAAAAUGUGGAAAGUCGAAAACUGGAUGGAACCGUACACACAUACAGUUCUGUACGGUUCCCAUUGACUCCCAUGUUAAAAAAAAAAAAACGUAUACAGGUCAAUACGGUUUUUCACCCAGACCAAAAACCACGGUAGGCCACGGUUUUCUGUCCAGAAAAAAAAAGAGUAAAAAACCGUAUGGUUUGAAAAACGGAGACAACGGUAUACAAUAUGGUGCAUACGGUUUUGAAUGGAAAGUCUAUGGCCACGGUUUGCUGUACGGUUGCAUACGUUUUUUACGGUUGCAACUGUAUCGAAAAAUCGUGGUGUGAACCCACCCUUAGAUGUGAACAAGGAUUUACCUGCACUAUGACUCAUUAGAGCCUGGCCUAAAAAGAUAUUAUAGUCACAGUGUAAAAUUAGAAUCUACGCAGCUAGGGCAAUAAUACAGCAGCACUGUGAUACAUUGGAAAGCAGUACUUUUCUUUUUUACAUAUGUUCUUUUAUUGUAGUUUCUUUGCUUUCCUGUGUGCCCUGCUCAAAAAAUGAAAGAUAAAAAAAAACAAAAAAAAAUUUUAGGUUAUAGAAAGUAUACAGUUGCAUUAUAUAUUAUUGUAUUUGAUUUAUUUGAGGAGGUAAGACCUCUUUUGAGUAGUCAUUGUCUGGACUGAUUGUCAGGUCAAUACACGGGGAUCAUGCGGUUAAUACUGUGUUUUUUCAUACUUCAUGGGCUCCGACCAGAAUGCUAACAACCACCAGCUCAUGCUUCCAAUUGCUCUUGUAUUGCAGUCCUGCUAUGCUUCUCAUUCACCGCACAGUGCAUAACAAAGAAAUACAGUGACCCCCACCACCUACGAUGGCCGCGACAUACGAUCAUUUCAACAUGCGAUGGCCUCUCAGAGAAGGCAGCAUCAACAUACGAUGUUUUUUUAUGUCGGGGCCAUCGCAUAAACGGCUAUCCGGCAGCGCAGACUGCUUCAGCUGCCGCCAGAUAGCUGUUUACGGUGCCCCGCGUGGUCUGCUGACUAUCACUUACCUGUCCUCGGGGCUCCGUCCGCGUCCUCUAUGGGAUCCCCUGCAUUGUCGGCGCUCUCCAUCCAUCGUCAUCACGUCGCUGCGCACGCCGUCCCGUCAUCCAAUAGGAGCGGCGUGCGUAACGACGUGAUGGCGGCGACGGAGAGAGAGGAUGCCGGGGAAGCAGAGGCCAGCGGUGACGGUCCGGAGCGGUGGGGACACGUGAGUAUAACCCCUAAUACCAGUGGUCUACAACCUGCGGACCUCCAGAUGUUGCAAAACUACAACUCCCAGCAUGCCCGGACAGCCGUUGGCUGUCCGGGCAUGCUGGGUGUUGUAGUUUUGCAACAUCUGGAGGUCUGCAGGUUGUAGACCACUGUCCUAUACUUUACAUUGCACGGAUCCCUCAACAUACGAUGGUUUCAACAAACGAUGGUCCAUUUGGAACGGAUUACCAUCGUAUGUUGAGGGACCACUGUAAUAUAAAGAGGCUUGCCGGUUGGCCAAGAGCGAUGAUGCCUUCCAGGGUCACCAUUUUGAUAGCUCGCUAUAAAUAAUGAUACAAGUGUAAUAUUGCCGUUCUGUUUCCCACAACAAGGCUAUGCGACAUAGAGGAAAAAUAUCUGCAAGGCAGAAAGAUUUUCGGGAAGAUUUAUCAAAACCUGUGCAGAGGGAAAGUGGAGCAGUUGCCCAUAGCAACCAAUCAGAGCGCUUCUUUUAUUAUGAAAGAGGGCUCUGAAAAACAAGAAAUUUGAUUGGUUGCUAUGAGCAACUGCACCAAUUUUCCUCUGCACAGGUUUUGAUAAAUCUCCCCAUUGUGCGCUGGAGGUGCUGCUGUCCUCAUGCAGACUGCGGGGUGGUUGGGGCAGGGUUGUGUUUUAGCAUGUGGAAUGCU